UUUCCGCAGUCUAUUUUCGGAGCCCCGCCAGCUACCCGAAAACUGACCCAGAAUAUGGAACCUGAAAAUAUGGAGUCUGAAAAUACAGAAACCGAAAAUAUGGAAACUGAAAACAUGGAAUCUGAAAACAUGGAAAUUGAAACCAUUUCUUCAGUUUCAGCCCUGCAAGCUCUCUCCAAGCUACUUUAUCCUGAAGAGGAUGAUUUUGAGGCUGGACAGCCAAAUUGUUCAUCUGCUUUUGGAGCCAUGGGUCCUGGGAAUAUUGGACCACCAAGAAUAGAAGAGCUCAAAGUCAUCCCUCAAAACAGUGAUGAAAAUGUCGAGGAUAUCUGGAAUCCAGAGGAAGUUCCAGAGGGAGCAGAGCACCAUGACACGUGGGAUGUUAGAGAAAUACCAGAGUAUGAGAUUAUAUUCAAACAGCAGGUGGGAACUGAGGAUAUGUUCCUAGGAUUUUCGAGAAAAGACUCUUCAACAGCAUGUUGUGAAGAUCUAGUGGUUAAAAUUAAACUGCCGAAAACAAACCCUUCUGAAAUUCAAAUUGAUAUCCAGGAAAUGAUCCUUGACCUUCGCACUCCUAAUAAGAAGCUGUUGAUAACCCUUCCCCACCCUGUGGAAUGCAACAGUGCCAAAGCUUUCUAUAUCCUGGAGACUGAGACUCUUGAAGUCGCCCUAACAAUGAAAAGAGACUUGGAUUUCAUUAACUUCUUCUGAAGCUUCAUGAACAAGAAGGAAACAUGGUAAAACAGCACUGCUAAAAAAUU